AUGGAGCGGUUGAGCAGUCCUUCGAACGAGCCCGAGCAGUUGGCCGGCGCUCUCACGUGGUGUCGUGGCCUGGUGGAGCGUAUCGAGCACCCGAUGAAGAAGCUGCGUAAGCUGAUGGAGCGCGAAGAGGCCAAGGAGGUCUACAAGGUCUACAGCACCAUCAUGGCGUCGAUGCAGGCGCAAUCUAAGCUCAAACGCGCUCCUUUGCGUCAACUUCGACCCAGUGCUCGCGAAAUCAAGUACCUGCGGCUGCUCAACGUUGAGGUGCCUCAGUCGACGCUGCAGACCUCCGCCAAAGAGGAGAUGUUCCACAAGUGCCGAGGGGAGAUCAUGUACACCGUGGAGCCGAACAACGCCAUGAUCGAGGGCGUUCACCCGCUGGAGGAGCCGUUGAUCGUGACGAACCUCAAGGACAACCUCAACACGAUCCAAGACACACUCAGUGCCUCGAACGUGCCUCUGCUGGAGCACCAGGCCAAGCCUGUGGCCGUGAGCAAGCACGAGCGCCAGCACAAGAGCUACAUCGUGCAGCGAAUGCUCAUAUCCGCGAGGGCGCAACGGAAUUCUUUGGCCACUGCCGUCAAGCGUUUGGACUCGGAUGGGGACGGCUCGUCCUUGAAGGACAUGUACUCGAUUAUGACGAUCCCUAUCGUGCUGGCCGCGGUCAGCGAGUACGAGGAGGAGAACGAGGUCAUGCUGGCCGCCUUCGAGGGAAAAUACGACGGCUACGGCUACCUACCGGAAGAGUACGCUGUGGGUGAGCUUCCAGAAGAGCACGUCCGAGCGAUACACGCGCACGUCAUGAAGCAGCGGAAGGCGGGGGCGACCGACUACCAGAUCAUCAAGGCCUGGAAGGUCUACAAGGACACGGAGCCGCUCGUGAAGAACAUGCCGACGUACUCGGGCACAUUCGUCAUGAAACCGUCCGAGGAAGUGGUGGAGGUGCUCGAGAGCAACCAGCUCGAGCGGCAGACCAAGAUCGCCAUAGGCUAG